AGUCCGCGCCGCGCACUGACAGGAGGGAGGGGGGGGGCAGCCCCUCUGCCGCCUCAUCGGCCCCUCAGCCGCCUCAGCGGGUCUGCGAGGGCUCCGCCGGGGGGGUAGAAGGCGUCCGGGACACCGCUGUUCUCGGGGCUGUGGAGCGCGACGGUGGGCGAACGCGGCUUCAUGGGAAGGAAAGGCAGUCCUGGAGGUAAGAUUCCUUAUAUUUCAAGAUGCCGCUCUUUGGGAAUAUUGUUGUAAUUAAACGGAAUGGGACUGAUGGAAUUAGUUUUCCACUCACUGCAAGUUCUUGUUUAUUUGGAAGGAGAACAGAAUGUGAUAUCCGCAUCCAAUUGCCUCAGGUCUCAAAAGAACAUUGUAAAAUUGAAGUAAAUGAAAACAAGGAGGCGAUAUUGACUAAUUUAAGUACAGUAAAUCCUACGCAGCUGAAUGGUAGUUGUUUUAAGCAACCUGUACCUCUGAAGCAUGGAGAUGUGUUAACUAUUAUUGAUCGUUCUUUCAGAUUUGAAUAUCCUCUCCAAUCAACUCCAAGAAAGAGGCGUUCUAGAUCUCCAAAAGAUGAAACACUGCAGGUUCUUCAUGUUCAGCAGGUGGCAGAAGUGGAAUUAUUAUGCAAACAAACUUCAGGAUCUAAAAGUCCUCAUGCUUCAGAUAAUGCUGAGUGUGAAGAAAAACAUGCCAAUGAAAAUAAACAAAGUACAGAGGAAGAUCUUUCCAAAGCUUUACCCGUCAAACUACAAACACCCAAAUCUUCACACAGAAUACAUCAAUGUAGUAACAAGCAAAAUGAAAUGUCUCCCUUUAGUAAACUCUAUGAAAACCUGAAACAUGAGCUUAAAGUGAAAAAACCUCUGCAAGAGGGAAAUGUACCUCAACAAGCUGCAAAAGAAGAUGGUAAGAGUGUUCUGCUAGAACCAAGUGCUGGAAUUUCAUCGUCAAGUUGUGUUUAUGAUCUGGGAAGCCUGACUAAAGAAAAAGAAAUAGGCAGAAGUGAAAAUAUUGAAGAAUGUAAAAUAACAAGACAGCAAGAAGUAAUCAAUUCAGAAUUUAACCAGAUCUCAGCUAUAGGAAGUGCUACCAAGAAGAGUUUUACCAGAAGUCCUCGAACUUCUGUUUCAAAGGAGAUGUCAAGAGAUACUGGUACAAGGAGUCACUUGCAGGAUCAUAAGGAACUAAGUACAGCAGGCAAAUCUAAAGGUACUGAAGUUACAACCAAACCCAGUAAGGAGAAUGAUGGAAAUGCAGCAUUUUCACUGAAGCAGUGCUCUAUAGAAUGCUUGGAUUAUGCAGAUAAAAUAGAAAUACACAGCCCUGCAAUAGCAGUAGAUAAACUAGCACAAACAACUAACAUGACAGAUGUUUCUGAAGUAGAUAAAUAUGUUCUUUCUACACCAACUCCCAGAAGGAAGAGUCCUCGGUCUCAUUUCAUAUCGCCUACCAAAGAAACUAGUGGAAUGAAUCCUGUAAAUACUGAUACUCCAACAACUCGACGACGUGUGUCAUUGCAACAUAAGUCUUUUUCAGAAAUUUCAGCUGAAACUCAAAAGGAAGAUUCAGUGUGCAGAAAUGAUAGCCUCAAACAACUGCCUUUGGAAGAAAAUAAAUGCUUAAAACAAAGACAAAAUAGUAAGCAACAUAUACCAGGAAAACCUGUAAAAGAAGUGGUGCUGAAAGAAAUUAGUGAUCAGGCAAACUUUGUUAACUCAAAAGAGGGACAUUCUGAAACUCCUACCUCUUUUUCUAAUUCCAAGAGUCCCAGAAGAAAUAACAGGCAAAGUAAAGAAUUAUCAAACAAAAGUGUCCAUUCAGAGACACUGGCUGCAGAAGAGUUAACACCACAACUGGCAUCUCCUGCUGGUCAGAAAUCCGACUCUGGAAGAAAAAGGGGUAGACCAAGGACCUCUGGACUGCUAGCUGAAAAAGCAUUGGAGACAAAUGCCGUUCAAGAACAUCACAAUAAGACUACAAACAGAAAAGACAGUGGAACUAAAGAAGAGUUGGCCACAAAGGGGUAUCAUCAGAAACAAGAUUUGGAAGAUGCCAGCAUUAUAAGACCUCGUAGAUUGUCAGCAAAGAGAAGGUCUUCUGGAAGUGCUACUGUACUCAAAGACAAUGAGGAUGUCUCAGAAAUGAGCGUUUCUGGCCUGUUGGCUGGAGACGAAUCCGGCAAGAAAAAAAAGAUAUCUCAGAAGAGGAAAAGUGGUGAUUUGUUACUUCAGCCUUUAGGAAAAAGAAAGAGAGUGUCUUUUGGUGGUCAGCUAAGUCCAGAACUUUUUGAUAAAAGUUUGCCUCCCAACUCACCCCUUAAAAGAGGUGCGAUUCCUGCCAGACUAAGCUUACCGUAUGGAAACUCACCACGUGCUGUUCUGAAAAAGGCUCAGGGCUUGAAGCACUUUGCAGUCCAGGAGCUUUCUGAACAUUUGCAGAAAGAAAAAAUGUCACCAAAAAAUUUACCAGCCCAGAAGUCCGCAGCUGCCUCAUCCCCUGCCUCUGGGAAGGCAACACCUAAAUUUACUUUAGGCUCUCCAGCACUGUACACAAAAGGACGUUUCUCUGUUUCUUACGUCACAACAGCAUUACCAGUUGUAGAAGAGAAGGAUGCUGUUGCAGAAGACAUGAAUACCAAGGAGAAAAAUGGUGCCCAGGUGAAAACACCUAAAAACUCUCACAUUAACCAAGAUGAUAAAGCCUUUUUAAUGGCUACACCUGACAAAUUAACAAGAAGUGCACAACUUGCUUUGAAGGUUGCUCCCAUGAAGAGGAGAAGUGGAGCUGUAGCAGUUAUCAAUGCAAAAAGAAGAAGUGGUGCCUCUAGUGCCAAUUUACUAGUUGCAAAAUCUUGGGCAGAAGUGGUAAAACUAGGUGUUGCAAGACCACAGUCAAAGACUGUUAAAAAAAGUGUCCAAAAGGGAAGAUCCCGAAAGAAAAUAACCCAAUCACCGAAGACUCCAGAAAGAAAAAUAAAAGGUCAUAUUAGUACAGGUCAUGCAGAGUCACCUGCUACAAUAGUUGUAGGUAAAGCUUAUUCCACCACAGUCAGAACAGCUGGACGGGUCCCUAAAGUGGUAAAAAAUCCUAUCUUGAAGCUAAACAUGAAUAUGGAUGAAAGCUUCACAGGAAUGACUGAAAUGUUUCAAACUCCGGAAAAUAAGAGUGGAAAAACAUUAUCUUUGGACACUGUUCAGAAGACUGAUUUUACACCAACAUGUACUGCAGUGGAAAUUUCUGAAUUGCACACUCCUGAAGAAUCUGGAGAGAUGAUGGUGUCACCGUUAAAUAGUUCAGAUGCUUCAGAACAGAAACGAGAUAGUCCAGGCAUUUGUCACUUUCUGAGAGAGAAGGAGUCUCUAAAGUCUAUGUUUGAUGCAAUAUGCACAAAAACUCCUGAAAAAAGAAAAGCUAUGCUGGAAGAAAAUAUUAGUGUGGACAGUUUAUCGAUAAUUCCAGAAAAACAAGCGUCUCUGGUGAAAUCAGGAAGAAAAAGGAGGACUCCAAAGCAGAAGUUGGAGCCAGCUGAGGUUGUGUCAGGCAUCAAGCAGCUUUUAAGGACGCCAGAGCAAAGGUCAGAACCAGUAGAGGCCUUGUCGGGCAUCAAGCAGCUCCUGAAGACCCCGAAGCAGAAGCUGGAGCCCGCAGAGGCCUUGUCGGGCAUCAAGCAGCUCAUGAAGACCCCGAAGCAGAAGCUGGAGCCCGCAGAGGCUUUGUCGGGCAUCAAGCAGCUCAUGAAGACCCCGAAGCAGAAGCUGGAGCCCGCAGAGGCUUUGUCGGGCAUCAAGCAGCUCAUGAAGACCCCGAAGCAGAAGCUGGAGCCCGCAGAGGCUUUGUCGGGCAUCAAGCAGCUCAUGAAGACCCCGAAGCAGAAGCUGGAGCCCGCAGAGGCUUUGUCGGGCAUCAAGCAGCUCAUGAAGACCCCGAAGCAGAAGCUGGAGCCCGUAGAGGCUUUGUCGGGCAUCAAGCAGCUCAUGAGGACACCAGAGCAAAAGUCAAAGCCAGCUGAGGCCCUAUCAGGCAUCAAGCAUCUCAUGAGGACCCCACAGCAGAAGCCAGAGCCAGUCGAGGUCCUAUCAGGCAUCAAGCAGCUCAUGAGGACCCCACAGCAGAAGCCAGAGCCAGUCGAGGUCCUAUCAGGCAUCAAGCAGCUCAUGAGGACCCCACAGCAAGAGUUGGAACCUGUUACAGAUGAAUUUGCCUUUGAAAGAUUGCUGAAGACUCCAGUACAAAAAAGGGAAGCAGUAAAAGAUGUAGCAGGUGUUACUUUAACCAAGAGAACUCCAAAGUUGAAAUAUCAACCAGUAGAAGACAUGAUUGGGGUCAGCCGUAUUUUCAAGACACCAAGGGAAAAAGUUGAACCCAUAGAAGAUGUGUUUGGUAUUAGUAGAUUAGUGAAGACUCCAAGAGAAAAGUAUCAACCAGUCGAUGAUUUUGUGGGUCUGCAAAGGCUUAUGGCGGAACCCAGGCAGAAAUGUUCUGAUUUUGAAGAGGACUAUGUUGGAGUUACGGAAAUGUUUGAUAUACAAGAGGAUAUUAAGGCCAGAUCAGUAAGUGUUACGGAUUCUGAGCAAGAAGAUACUGCAUCUCACUGUAGUAAUUCCAGUCAUAAAUAUGAAGACAAAGGAAAUAUUUCACAAGGUGAAGAUUCUCAGCAGAAGGAAUCACCUAGUGAAGACCAGUCUACUCAGAGACUAACAAGGGGCAGAUCGAGGAAGACAGUACAUCCUGCUUCAGCAAAGCAGAGUGAAGAGGGUUUGAAUUUAAAAGAAUUGCAAAGUCUGGUAAAAAAGAGCACCCAAGAGGAGGUGGGAGAGAUUAGUACUUCAACUUCAGUAGUGAAAAACAAAGAAAAAGGAAGGAGAACAAACCGUUGCAUACAAGAAGAAAUUGUUUCAAAUCACCCUGAUCAGGAAAAUGUUGAAAUUGUUUCAUUUGUGGAACCACGUGGAGCUACUCAAAGACCAGGAAGAGGUAAAAGGAAAGAACCAAAGGAGUUAAAACAUCCAAGUGAGAACCUUGAGUCUUGUGGCAAAGAUUCUUCAGUGCUACGAAAAGAACCUGCAAAUACGAAACAGACUUUGCAGGAGUAUGGUAUCAAUGACAUACUAGAAACUGAAGAUGAUCCAGCCAUAAAGACAGUAAGUGUAUCUGGUAGCAUUCAAAAUGAAAAUUGUCAACUGCAAACAGGUUUAAAAAAACCUGAAAACAAGUUUAAUGAAGGUCAUGUAGAAGACAAUGAAGAAAUGCUGCUGUCACCUAGGAGGAGGUCUAGAGAAGUAAAAAAAGUAGAGAACACAGAUCCACUGAUUCCACCUAAAAGAGGAAGAAGAGCUAGAAAUGACCAAGUUAAACACGCUUCUUCAGAGGACCUUCACAGGACAACAAGGAAGCUUCGUAAAGACCCAUCAGCAAAGAUGAUACAAAGAGAUGAACAGACUUUUGAGAAAGAUACUGAGGCUGCCACAGCAGAAGAAUCUGAAAAAGGAACUAAACUUGAAAUAAAGGUAACAGAGAAAAGAGUUAAGUCUUUAAGAAGUGCGAGAAAGCACUCGACUGAAGUAAAAGCAGACACUUGCAGCAUGGCGCUUGAAAAUAUACAAAACAUUCAGAAAACUGGGGAAACUUCAACUGGAACUGAUACUGAAACACAGUCACACAUCAAAAAUGAGACUAAAGUAUCUCAGGGAGAUGAAACAGAAAGUGCUCAGGAAAAUGCAACAGAAGCAUCUCAAAGAUUAAAGGCAGAGUCACCUUCUGGAGAGACAAACAAAAUGCCAGUUACUGCUCUGAACUUGGAAGCAAACAGAAGUGCAGUACAGGAGACAAACAGAACUAGAAACAGGAGAGGCAAAAAAGACUCUUUGGAGAAAAAGACUGAUGAAUUUGCCGAAGGUGUAAACAAUCUAGAACUAGUUACUCCCAAAUUUAAGUCAGAAACAGAAAUGGAUGAAUCUUCUCUCAAAGAUUCUUUGGGCUCUGUUUGUGUCAAGAAUACAUACCAAGUCACGAAGGAGCAGAACAACCCAGCUGCCACAUCAAUACCUGCUGCAAACAGUGACAAUCUUGCUCAUAGCAAUCAAAAGCGGAUAAGAAAUGAACAGAGAAUACUUCAACCAAAGCAAACUGAAAUCCUACAAGAGAAUCAAGCACAAAAAAUUGGAAUGGCAUGUAGAAGAGGUAGAGGUAAAAAAGUUAAUUCUGAACUUGAAGAAGCCAGUUCCAAAGCGGUUGGAGGAAAAAGGAGUUUACCUGGGGAUGACACAGGAAUGACUUACAAAGUUUGUAAACAUGAGACUUCAGAAAAUCCUUCUUCACAAGUAAGGAGGAGCAAAAGAAAGCAAGUUGUUUCCAUUCCACAGAUAGCUUGUUCUACCUUUAUGGAAAAACAAACAUUAAUUGCAGAUCAUAGUAAAGAUGAAGUUUUUGUAAAGGAGCAAGAUUCAGCUUUGGAAGAUGCUCCCUCUUCAACAGAAGACAUUCCUCUGAGACGAGGGAAAAGACGAGAGGUUGCUGCAGCAUCACAAACAUCUAGAUCUCUUUCUGUCAGAAAAACAUGUGGGUUGCUAGAAGGUGAUGAUAAAAAGAUUACUGUGAGAGAAGAUCAAAAUCCAGCUUUGGGAAAUAAGACUUUGCAGGCAAAAGCGAAUGCAUCAGCAAGGGACAAAAGGAAAAAGAUUGAUCUAGCAGCACAGGCAAAAAGUUCAUCUUCUCUCCAGUGUGGCUUGACAGAAACUGAUGAUAAAGAGGAGGGUACUAACGAAGAACAAAAUACGCCUUUGGAAACAGUGUCCUGUGCAAAAGAGAAGCCAUUAGGAAGGGGCAGAAGGAAAGAAACCAUUCUGGCAACACACACAACUAAUUACAUUUCUCUUAGAGGAAAACGCGGUUUGCCAGCAGAUAAUGGUAGAGAAGAAGCUUCUAAAGAAGAUCAAAAUGUUCCAUUAGAAACUUUUGAUUCAUUUGUAAAAGAAAAUCAACUGAGAAAAGGCAGAAGGAAAGAAAUUGCCCUCUUGUUAGAAGCCACAAGUUCUACUUCUAUUCAGGGGAAACAGGGCUUAUCAAAAGAAAGUGGUAAAAAGAAUAACUAUAGGGAAGCAAAAAAAGUGAUUUUUGAAAAUUCUACUUCCCAAGAAAAUAUGGAUCUUUCAAAGGGGAACUCAAGGCAAACAAUCACUUCACUGGCUGUUAGUUCCACCUCCCUUCAAGGUUUGCCAGAAGAUGGUAAGAAUGAAACUCCUGAAGAACAACAGAGUAUACUUUUGGAAGUAGCUCCAUCUGCAAAAGAAAAUCCAUCAAGAGUAGGCAGAAAGAAAACAGUUUCUUCCAAAUCUGAAGAAACUAGGUCUACUUUUCUCAGGGAAAAAUCUGACUUGCCCAAAGAUAGAGGUCAAAAGAGGAUUCUUAAAGAAGGUGAAGAUACAUCUCUAGAAAAUAGUUCAUCCCAGGGAAAAACAAGGCAAUUGAGGAACAGAAUGACAAAGGUGGAAUUCAAAUCAGAGGCAGCUACUUCUACUUCUCUCCGUAAAAAUGGCGACUUGCCAGAAAAUGGUAACACUUUGGAAACUCAGAUUGUGUGUUUGAUAUCCGCUGGUUCUGAUAAAAGUAAUCAGUCUGGAAAAGGAAAAGAUGUUAACCCCAUACAACAGGCAACUUCCACUUCUCGCAGAAGAAAAUGCCAGUUGCCAACAGAUGACUUAGCAUCCAAAAAAUCAAAAUCAGAGAAUGAUGAAAAUAGAUCGCUACAGAAAAGAAAAAGAAACAAAACUAAAGAAGAACUUGGCAAAGAGGAUGUAAGGGCUACUCGGACUGCUGGAGGAACGGACAGGAAGACAAGAUCAAGAACAAGUGCAAACCAAGAAAAUAGUCUUAAUAGUCACACAACCAGUUUUUAAAUCAAUUCAGUAAUUGAAAUUGCAGGGUUUUAAUGUGAAUUGAUUUGCACUCAGAUUUUGUAAAGCAAUCACUGAAUUAUGAUAUUCUCAAAAUAUAUUUCUUAACGUGUUUACAGAUACAGCGUAGAUAUCUGUUUUAAUAGAUUUGUCUAUGUGUAGUGGUUCCUAAAUGGUGGGGUGCUUGUGCAAAAUUGCAAACAUAAAAAUAAAUCUUUUUGUAACAGUAUCCCCCUUUUUCUGUUGGUCAGUACAGCAGUCAGGAAGCCAUAUUACUUUACUGCCAGUUUAAUUUUAAGCUAUUUUCUGCUUAAAUUUUCAUGUGCUUAAGUCUUAUUUUUCAUUACAGUUCUGUAAAUAUUCUUUAAAAAACUAUAGACAUAUUAGCAGGACUAUUAUGCUGAAAUUUUAAUAAUUUUUUUAA